AUGACUUCGAUAUCUGGCGGUCUGCCAUACCACCUGAGCAGGACCAACACCGGCCAAUCUCUCGCCAACGUCCAGUCCAAUGGCUCGUCUGGGCCGGUGAACCCUCGCGCAUCACUCUCGUCCUUCCCGUCUUCACGGUCGCCCUCGCAGAUGUCGCACCACUCGCGACCUUCCCGGUCACCGCAGCCGCCUCUGCAGGUCGACACAGAUCGUACGUCGGACCCGAGCUCAAAGUCGAACAAGACCUCGUCCAUUGGCAGCCGCACGGCCGCAUCAUCACAGCACUCGUCGCUCUCGGCGCCCAAGCGGUACAACCCCGACGCACAUCCACCCAGGAAACUGCGAUCCCAGUAUCCUCGAGGUUCCAACGAGAAUCAUGUCGAGUACAUUCUGGUGGCGUCUUUCGACAUUGACCGGGGCCCGGUCAUGGAGCACCAAUUCCCUGUUGCCAUAACCGGUGACGAGCACAUGUUGGCAGAGUUGAUGUUACCAGACCAGGCGCAUGCACGCAACCAGGACUGGACAAUCUUUUUUCUACACAAGGACACUACCCAAGAGGAGGACGAAGAAGAGGCGAAGAGACGAAAGGCACGGAGAGAAAGAAGAAAACGGAGACGGGAUCGGGCCGCUGGGAUCAUUGGCGAGGAUGACGAGGACACAAUCAACGAGGGCGACGAUGAAGAAGAUGAUGAUGAUCAGUAUGAUGACGACACAAGUGACGAGGAGCCAGAAGGCGGCGAGGGGCCGCCUCUCGUAUACGUGCUCAACCUGGUCAACACCAAACACGACAAGACGGUGAAGCGAGGCGCAAUAGUAAAAGCUAUGGCGAUAUGCACACGGCACCCAUUCCUGCAUAUAUACAAGCCCCUGUUAUUACUUGCGCUCGAAGAAUACUUCAAAUCUCCAGUCCCAGAGACCUUGUCUUUGCUAUACGAUGCAGUCAACAACAUGGAUCUCUCCCUCAUGCCGAAGUUGAGCAUCCUUGAGAGACACCUGCUGCUGGCAAGCGACAACAAGGAUCUUUUUGUAGAGAAAUUCGCCCAGAUGAUUGAGAUGCGCAUGGCUGAGGACAAGGCGGGCCAGGUCACGGAGCCGUUUGAUGCGAGUAGGAGCCCACCAAAACGACCUGGAAUAUCCCGGGCUGGAACAAAGGCACACCUCGAGGCCGCCUCUGGCUACUCGAUACCCCGCGACACCCACGAGUUUGAGAGCAAGGUGCUUUACAAGGGGAUCCCUAUCCCCGUCAAGGUCCCUACGGCCGUCAUGCCAGAGACGGUGGGAGACUUUUCCAUCAUCAAGCUGAUCCAGACGUUCUCGGAACCGCAUGCAAAAUCGCCCCAACCCUUCCCGGUCCACCCUCAUCUCACCACAAAUGGUCCUAACACCCACCCAGUCAUUGUCCUGGCCAACGCUCUGCUGACUCAGAAGAGGAUCAUUUUUCUGGGUCAUAACAUGCCCUCGGGAGAUGUUGCUGAGGCGGUUCUUGCGGCUUGUGCUCUGGCAUCAGGCGGUAUACUGAGGGGUUUCACGAGACACGCAUUCCCAUACACAGAUCUGACAAAGAUCGACGACUUACUGAAGGUUCCGGGCUUCAUCGCGGGAGUCACGAACCCAACCUUUGAGCUUCAUCCAGAAUGGUGGGACGUCCUUUGCGAUAUUCCCAGCGGACGUGUCAAGAUCAGCAGCAAAAUCGAGAAUGCACCCAUCACUGAAGGUCUUGUGUACUUUCAACAACAGCAUCCUGCUUUUGCCAACCUGAUUGGUGGCUCGUCAGCCUCCUCUACCGACCUGACUGGCGAUGCUGCUUUUAUGAACGAUAUCUUGAAGGGCAUCGGGUCGCGACAGGGCGAACGAGUCAUUCGCGCGAAAUGGCGAGACUGGGUGGUUAAAUUCACUAGGAUAGCCGCGGCGUUCGAGGAGAGCGUCUAUGGCGCUAGCGCACUAUACAUCGGCGGUGACGACGUCGAGAACAAUUCCAUCGGUCUUAGCGGCCACGGCUAUGUGUGGGCGGACGAAACAGCCAAGCACAAGGAGCUUGCGGGCAAUGUCUGUAGGAUCGAGGGGUGGAGAAACACACGGAGCUACUACAGCUUCAUCCAGGUAAGACUCGGUCCCAUACGCCAUACCCUGGGAGAUGAGGCUAACGUGGAAGCAAAGGACCUUGCCCAGAUCUACACGAUAAAACCCCUGAAGGGCCUUGACUUGCACCAUAUGCAUGACCGCUUGCGCACCCAGAAGCUCACUCCGACCCAAAGCCGCGAGAUCUAUAUGGCGUUCGCGAAGCACGUCUUCUCGUACGAUGAGACCUGCCUCCUACUAACCGUGGCCCCCGAGUCGCACGCCGGCCUCUUCUACCUCGCCCUUGGCCUGUUCCACCGAGACAAAGACGUGCGCAUCAAGACGACGGAUCUCCUGGAGCGCAUCAGCGAGCACGAGGCCGGCCAGCACUGGUGGAAGGGUCUCAGCAAGUUCGAGAAGCUGGCGUACCACCGCAUCAGGCGGGAGGCCGAAGCUGAGAUGCGGAGCAAACUGGAGAAGGAGGGGCUCAGCCCAGAGGUUGAGAAGAGAAUCAGUUAA